GAGUCAGGGCAACUAAAUCAAAAUGUUCCUUUAUUUUGCUUGUCUUUUGUUGUUCUGUUCACCUCGGCACCAAACUCUGGCUUCUGAGGACUGCGUUGGGAGACAGGAAUUCGAAGCCGUACUAGAUGUGGUUGGGGAACUUCAGAAAGAGGUCGAUCAACUCCGGCAAACGGCGUCUCGGCAAGGGGACAUCAUCGAUACGCUUACCACACAUAAUGAACUAACGAAGCGUUUCGUUCUGGGUCAAGAGGGUCCAAUUGCCUUCACUGCGGGAAUCGCCCCAAACGUUUUGACGCACGUGGACAAAAACGACAUCAUCCGCUUCGAGACCGUCAUCACUGACUUCGGUGGCGGAUACAAUAACCAGACAGGCAUUUUUGUAGUACCGACUACCGGUCUAUACAUGUUCGCUUGUUCACUGCUCGACGACUCGGUUUCCACGAACGGCAACAUCAUGACGCAUGCGGACAUCGUACAAAACACGAGAGUUUUAGGACGAGUGUUCGCGGUGGCCGAACCGGGCGGCCAUAGAGACCAGGGCGCAAACACAGUGUUCACACAUGCGACAGCGGGCGACCAGGUGUUUAUCCGCCUCAUCGACGGGGUCAACAUCGGCGUAGGUGGCUCUCUGUACUCUACAUUCUCCGGCUACCUGAUGAUGGAAAUGUAAUAACCCUAAGAAAAAAAAUAAAUAAAGCAAGCACCUUA